AUGCCCAGUAUGGCCGGCCUCCAUGCUGCUUGUGCUAGUCUGGUGUUGGCAUCAGAGUGCUAUGGUCCUGGUGUGAUUCGCGAUGCCGGAACCACCGAUGAAGCUCUAAGCAGUAUCAAGCCAGCCACCGGUUUUUUAUUCCUCCAGGAAAUCGGGGUACUCCUGCCGCACCAAAACCGCGCAAUCUACAAUGAACAUUUGAUGCUGCCUACCGUUCGUCCUACGCGUAACCUGGAAUUGCUAAACGAAAAAGCCGAACUUACACGGCGAAAUCCCGAUUUCCGGGACUCUAUGGUGCAUCUUCGCCGUGACUGGGGCUCGACGACCAUCUACUGCAUCGAUGAUGCUGAUGCUCAUGAGAUUGAUGAUGGUAUAUCCAUUGAAAGAGUUCAAGGCGCCGACUCUGAAUUUUGGAUUCAUGUACACGUAGCAAACCCAACGGCGUUUUUUGACAAAACGCAUACUCUUUCCGGUCUUGCCGCCCACAUGACUGAGACAGUCUAUACACCAGAGCGAUUCUUCCCAAUGCUACCAGAAUGGGCCAACGAGGAACACUUUAGUCUCAAGCGCAAUCGACCUGUCAUCACUUUCAGUUCUCGUAUCAACCGUACUGGAAAUGUGCUGGAAAGAAAGGUGCAACACGGCAUGGUUCAAAACGUCGUCAGUAUCACUUAUUCUCAAGUGGCUAAGCUGUUGGGUGACGAUAGCACUGUUGAAACACGAACACUCGUGGUUGGUGGAACUGUUCCUAAUCGCAAGCCGCCGAAGCUCCCAAAUCUCUCCCCCGGCCAGCUUAAAGACCUGGACGAUCUUUACACUGCAGCAAAAGCCUUGUGGGAGGCACGAAAGGCUGCUGGUGGUGUUAGGUUUAGUCCCGGCAACACCAGCGUUCGCGUUUGGGAAAACCCCGCACAAGAGGGGUUGCCAUGGAGAUCCCCGUCGGUGCAGCAGGCACGUGUCAUUCGUGGAGAUCCCAUCAUUCAGUUGACAAACACCAUACCCCAGGGCUUCAUGCAGCUUGAUCUUAGACCCAAGAACAUUGUCGAGGAGAUGAUGCUUCUUGCUUGUCAGACAGCAGCAACAUGGUGUGCUGAGCGGCAUAUUCCCGUCAUGUACAGGGGCACUGUCGAACCUCCCUCCGUUGAGGAAUUAUCGGCAGGAGAGCUCCAAGAACUAAUCCAACUACACUAUGAGAAACACGGGAAAGUUCCUCUUGAUCUUACCGCUCGAUGCCAAAAGGCACUAGGCAGAGCUAUUGCACAUUUCUCUCCUCUGCCACAUAAGAUCAUGGGUGUUCCAAGUUACGUCAAGGUUACUAGUCCGCUCCGACGCUAUAGCGACAUGAUGGCACAUUGGCAGAUUGAAGCUGCUCUACGGUACGAGGCAGAAUCGGGAAUGAAGUUUGAUGCAACUGCAGCUUCUGCUACUUCCCGAAACCUUCUCCCGUUCUCACUCCGGCAAAUGCGAGAGUCCAUUGUCACACUCUCGCCCCGAGAACGCAUCAUCUCGAUGGCAAAGCGGGACUCAGGUACCAUCGAGACAGAUCUGAGCAUGUCAAGAUUUUUUGUCUAUUUCGUUCUAGAAACCGUUAAGCCGCACGGCAAGCAAUCCGGUUCGUCUAGUGUGCACAAUUGUAUGGACAGGGCAGAGGACCCAAAAGCUCGGAUCACGGGCUGUCGCAAGUGCUGGGCUAAGGGGAGCGCAAAUCGCACGCACAGAUUGUGUGGCAUUAAUCUGUCUGCAUAG